AUGGUGUUGAAGGCCGUCAGCAAGCCUACGCUAGAGAAAAACGGUUACGCGGUGCACGUGGAGUGCAAGGUCGCUAUCAUGCGCCAACUACGCCACCCGCACACAAUAAGCCUCUACGAGGUCCUCGCCACGAGGACCAAAAUCUACUUCGUGAUGGAGUUCGCCGUGCGCGGCGAACUCUUUCACGUGGUUGCCGUGGAGGCCGUAUACCAUCAUCAGAAGUACUUCUGGCAACUCCUCUCUUCCAUGAGACACUGUCCCUCACACGGCGUAUACCAUCGCGAUUUAAAGCUCGACAACAUUCAUUUCGACCAAGACAUGAACCUCAAUGUCUCCGACUUCGGAUUGAGCGCGUUGAGGAGCCGGAUCCAACACGACGGCAUGUUACACAAUUUGUGUGGGACCCCUGCAUACGUGGCGCCCGAGAUUCUCGCGAGGAAGGGGUACGACGGUGCCAUCAUGGACGUGUGGUCGUGCGACAUCGUUUUGUUCGUGCUCAACGCUGGGUACUUACCCUUCAAUGAUUACAAUGUUACGAUUUUAUAUAGGAAGAUCAAGAAUCUAGUGACGAGGUUGUUAGACACGAAUCCCGAGACAAGGAUUGUUAUGAACAAAAACUAUUAUAUGUUAUGCUAA